AUGCCGCCCGAGACGCGCACCAUAACGGCUCACUACACCUCCCCAACCGCUUCCCACAAAUUCUCCAUCCCAGUCACCGCCCCAGGCACCAACACCAGCACGGCCGAACGCACUCGAUACCUCGGCGAAUUCCUGACGGAGAAGAUGGAGGAGGACAAGGCCCGAGAGGCCGGCAGCAAGAACACGAAGAAAGAGGAAGAGGAGCGCGAGGAAGAGAACUACGGCGAGGAGCAGGCUGAGGAUGAAGACUGA